ACAAAGUGACUGUAAUAAGAAGCUUCAACAAACAAAUACAGCAAAUAAAAGAAUAUGAAACAGAAGUGGAAAUAAAAAAUGCGAUACGUCUUGAAAAUCAACUCAAGACUACGUCUCCACUACUACAGCUACCCAUAGAACUACGUCUUCGCAUAGUUAUGGACUACAUCUCCGCUAAAGGGGGUCGUAUAGAUAACUUUUGGACAAAGUCUUUACCUAGAUUGAAACAUCGUAAUAUUGCAGAGAUCUAUCCAUCAGAACGAUAUGUAGAAGAUGAACCAUCAGGUUCAGAUGAGAAAGUUUCUCCUGCUCUUCCUAACUGUUGGAAUAAUUCUUUGGAUGAUCAUAAUGAGUCAAAUAGCUAUGAUAAGUUGGAUAUAGUAAUAGGGAUACACAAAGACGAUGAUGAAAAUCCUUUCAUAAUAAAGAACGGAAAAGGAUCAAGAAAUAAUAAG